CUGUUGUUUAACCGGAGCAUCUUCUCUGUUCCCUUCGCAUCAGGCGUUUAAUCAAAGCUUGGAAAAAUGAUACGCCGAAAAGUUUCGAAUGCUUCGGAUAAAGACAAAAAAUGCUUAAAACCGAAGCGCACCAGCAGCUUCGGGAACUUUGACAGAUUCAGACAUCAUCCACAUACACCCAAACCAGAGGAGAAGGCUGACGACAGUGCUGGCGAAGCCGAACAAGGAGGAGAAGCUGCCGGGGAGCAGAAUCCGCCAAAGUCUGGACAGAAUGAGAGCGGGCUGGGGAAAACCAUGCGUGCCAUUUCCAAAACCAUGAGGAAAAAGAUGGCACGCAGAUAUGCCAAUGCUCUAUCAGAGGGGAUGCCCGAGGCCAAUGCAGAAGAAGUGACAAACGAAACCAUAGGAGAGCACGAUGCAGAGGAUGGUACUCUGAGAGCUUGCGAGUCAAUGGAGAGUCUCUAUAGUCUGAACAGUGGGCAGAGCUCGUCGACAGGUGGCAUUGCAAGUGGCUCAGACGCAGCAAGUAACCGGGACAGUCUCAGGCUGGAUGAGGAGGUUCCUUACACAGGCCCAUUCUGUGGAAGAGCAAAGGUUCACACUGACUUCACCCCAAGCCCCUAUGACACCGACUCCCUCAAGCUGAAGAAAGGCGACAUCAUCAAUAUCAUUAACAAGCCAACCAUGGGCACUUGGACGGGAAUGCUAAAUGGCAAGGUGGGAAAUUUCAAGUUCAUUUACGUGGAUAUCCUGCCCAAUGAGGAAGCUGUGCCCAAGAAACUGAAGACAGAUAGGAGGAGCAGGCAGCCAGUUCCCGAUUCCUUACAGGAGCUACUGGAGAGAUUCCAACUGCAGGAUCUUUAUUCUGCGUUCCUUCUCAAUGGCUACCAGUGUCUGGAAGACCUCAAGGAUCUCAAGGAGAGUCACCUGAUUGAACUUAACAUCACAGAUGCAGAACAGAGGGCACUGCUUCUGACUGCUGCUCAACAGGAUUACAAUGUCUUGAGUGACCAGGAAGAGGAAAGUGAUGUUAUAACUGAGAGCCAACCCUCCGACCUCAAGCUCGAUCAAGCACACUUGAAGGAAUGUCCCCGAGAUUCUGGAUGUUAUGCUACCUCUGAAAUCUCAGACAAUGGGAAAGAAGACUUGGAUCUGGAGAGUUUGCCGGAAAUGGUUGAAGGUGCUUCCCUUGCUGACUGAUUGCGAAGGGAAUAAUCACAUUGUACAGUUUUGAUUCAGACAGUAGGAGCCGAUGGAUACUGGAGAGUGUUUUCAUUCUAGUUGCAUUAAUAUUGAGCAGAGUUCCCUUAUUUAACCUGAAUUUACAAGAGAAAGAAAGGGGUACUGUUUAGGAUUCACCAUUAGAUCUCCCAAAAAAUAACUAUGUUGAUUGGCAAAUUAUUUCAACUCAAUGAAAUGAAACUCCAGGAAGCUGUAUCCCCAGUACUCCACUCAAUUGAGAGACUGGUCAUGGCUGAAUUUUGUGUGAGCGGUCAGUUAAUGGAUUGCCUCCAUGUCUGAUGUCCAAGCAGAAGAUGGAGGCACGAUACAGAUGAUGGGACCAGUAUCCAAUUACUCACAGCCAGCACUAUCUAUUGGAGCCAUCUGCAGGUGAACUGUAUCGAUUUGAAAGAGGAAUGCUUCGAGGAUGAUUUGGACUUUCAGCGUGUGACUGCUGCCAAUACUCUGACUGUCCAGUCAAAGCCCCCAGACCUCCCACUGUCCUCCGUGAACCUUAGACAGAGUGGGGAAUCAGUACAACCACCAGGAAAUUUCAAUCCCUUAUAAAAGUGUCACUGAUUGGCUCAAUCAUUAUUUUCUUUUGGCGUUUCACCACUGCUGAGUCACUUCCCUGAAGCCUCCUCUGCAAAACUCACAAGGAAGGGGAAGAAGUUGGGAAGCUGUCCCUAAGAUUAUUCCCUCUAAAUUUCCUGACUCUUGCGGACUACUUUAGCUCAUUCCACAGGGCAAGGAUAAAUCAACCCAGUAAACCCCCUGUGGUUUUUUACAGCAUUGCAUUUGACCUUGUUUCAUUUUGUUUUAUUUGUAUGUCAAGAGGGACUCAGAUGAGUACAUAAAUAAGAACAAUUUGCAGGGGCAUAGGAAGAAAGUGGGAUUAGUUGUUCGGCUCUGCCAAGUAAUUAGUGCAGGCUAGAUUGGCCAAGUGGAUUUCUUCUGUACUGUGAUCUCCUGCGAGGCCCCCAGAAUAAGAUCACUCCUCCGCUACAAUGGAUGAGCCCAUAAUCCACUGCAAAGAUUGGCUGAACAAAUUGACUGUGCCAAAACCAGAAUGGAGUCACUGGCCGGUUUGAUGAACUACAAAUUGGGAAAACCAGUUGACCAGCUGACAAAAGCUGGACUAUGUCCUGAGUGAGGUUGAGCUCCACAGUGAUGAAAACCAAGAGGAGCCAGAUAUUGUCACCAUUUUGGUUCUUUCCACCAUGCCCCAAAGAUUGGGUAGUUUCCCAAAUUGCUGGGUCAUGUCUGAUUUCUUCUUUUCCCUAAGCCAGGGAAAGACAUGUUCAGACAUGAUGGGGCUAUAACUCACUCAGAGAUAGUAAGAACUGCCAAUGUUGGAGUCAGAGAUAACACAGUGUAGAGCUGGAGGAACACAGCAGGCCAGGCAGCAUCAGAGGAGCAGGACAGUUGAUGUUUUGGGUCGGGACCCUUCUUCUGAUGUUGCCUGGCCUGCUGUGCUCCUCCAGCUUCACACUGUGUUAUUUCAGACAUGAUGGGCCUACGACGCCAUAGCCAUUCUGUGAUUCUAUGGGAAUAAGGGAAUGUAAAAGGGCCAUUAAUUAAAAUUGUGGAAAUGGAUGUCCCUUUUGAACACUGGGACUAUGUCACCAAUGGCACUUGUGGUUUUGAAGAGAAGCUAUUUUGUUAAAUCCGUUUCAUUUGAUUGAAGCACCAUGAGGCAAGAAGUGAGUUACUCCAGAUACUAUGUUUGUUAGCGAUGAAAAUAAGAUCACCAACUCAAACUGGUCACAUUCUUAGAAGAUUUCACCAAAGUUACUGGCAGAAAAUGGUGAAAAAUCAAGAGAAAUUUCCCCUGCAAGGAAUGUGAAUGUGUUCCAGAGAAAAUUAGGCAAGUAUCUGGUGAGAAAAAGGACUGGGUGAGGGUUAAGGAGAGAAGGUCAGUGAUCUAUGUGAGAAAGGAGAGGUUUGUCAGGUUUAAUUUUCUCCUUAUUGAUCACAUAUAGUCACACAAUCAUACAGAGUUCAUUAAAGUAACGUUAAGUAUCAUUCUCAUAUUUUUCAGACUUCACAGUUCAUUUAGUGGUAUGUGGUCCCUUUAAAAUCUCUUUUGCACAUUUGCAGAGGUGCAGGGACUUUUGGCAUAUGGACAUCAAUGUACACACAUAUAGAGACCUCAAAACAUGUGAACAUACAUAUAAACAAACAAAUACAUACAUAUUGGCAUUGUAAUGCAGACAUGGUCGUUUAAAUACAUAACACCAACAUAAAAAGCAUGCGACCACUGCUGUCUUUUUUAUUAAAAAAAUGUUUUAAUGAUAAAUGCAAACAGAAGCACUUUGGUGUAGCUAGCUUGGUCAGAUAUAUGAAUUUAACUGUGUUGGAAAAAUCCCCUUUUGCUCCCUCCCUCCGUUGUACACAGUUUCCAUGACAAUUGCAUGUUUUUCAUCAGACCAUGUCUUAGGCUUAUUUUAUUCGCAAAUAUUUAUUAGAUUUUUGAAUUUUACCUAGUUAGCUUUGACAUGAUUGUUUCUGAAAUUCCUUUCUUUAUGACAUUUCUGCAUUAAUUGUUCCCUCAUACUGUUGUGUAUUGUACUUCAGAUCUUUAAUUCAUUUACUGGAAGAUAUUUCACACUCUUUAAA